UCUGCCUAUGUGUUCAGACCCAGCAGCCUGGGCCGCGCUGCCCAGUGCCGGAGGGCAGUGUCUGGGACCCUGGUCUGUGGUCCGAAGUGUAGGGCAUACGAUCCAUCGGCCUCGUGGCAGUGAGCAAGCUGGGGACCCUACCACAGCCAGGACGGAAAGGCCAGGGACCCGCUUCCCACAGCCAUGCUGAAAAACAGUGAGAGGAGGCGGUCUUGGAGCUACCGGCCCUGGAAUACCGCGGAGGGUACCGAUGCACCCACUUCAGGGAACAGCCAACCCCGCGGGAGCAUCUGCUCCCUGGCGGCGCGUUCCGGCUCCCAGGCCAGCAUCCCACCGUGGACGGAGGGCAACUAUAACUACUACAUCGAGGAGGACGAGGACGGGGAGGAGGAGGAGCAGUGGAAAGACAACUUGGCCGACGUGGCCGAGGAAGACCAGCAGCCAGAGGAGGCCACCCAGACAGAAGGCCGCACCGAGGGCUCCACGCUGAACGUGAACGUGGGCGGCCAGAGCUACCACCUGGACUGCGCGCAGGACCUGGUGGCCAUCCUGCCGCUCUACCUGCAGCUGCUGCUCGAGUGCUUCACGGACGAGGACCAGCGGCGCGGCCAGGGCUCCUCCCGGGAGCACGACCUGGAGACUGUGGGCAAGGUGGGCCAGGUGUUGCGCGUCAUGCGCCUCAUGCGCAUCUUCCGCAUCCUCAAGCUGGCGCGGCACUCCACCGGCCUGCGCGCCUUUGGCUUCACCCUGCGCCAGUGCUACCAGCAGGUGGGCUGCCUGCUGCUCUUCAUCACCAUGGGCAUCUUCUCCUUCUCCGCCGCCGUCUACUCCGUGGAGCACGACGUGCCCGGCACCAACUUCACCAGCAUCCCGCACUCCUGGUGGUGGGCCGCGGUGAGCAUCUCCACUGUGGGCUACGGAGACAUGUACCCAGAGACCCACCUGGGUAGGCUUUUUGCCUUCCUCUGCAUCGCUUUCGGGAUUAUCCUCAACGGGAUGCCAAUCUCCAUUCUCUACAACAAGUUCUCCGAUUACUACAGCAAGCUCAAGGCUUAUGAGUACACUGCCAUACGAAGGGAAAGGGGAAAGGUGGACUUCGUGCAGCGAGCCAGAAAAAAGAUGGCCGAGUGCUUGGCUGAAAGCAACCCACAGCCCACCCCAAGGCAAGAGAAUUAAUGUUCCAGAGGCCAUGUGGCUGGUAGAUCCUGUGACCUUCAAGGCUUCCUUCCGCCUUCCUUUUUUUAUCAUCAGGUUUGCCCGUGAAAGGACAUGUAAGGCAGACAUACACAAAGGGCAUUCAUUUCACAGAGUUCUACCUCAUGAAUGUUUGUUUGAAUCCAGACUCAGACAGCCUCAUAUUGUUUGUGUGAGAAUCUGAUCAUCCCAAUGACAUUGAUAUGAGAACUCCUUUGGGAGGAGCAACAUGUUAGCUUCCUCUUGUAGCUUCUCAUGGCUUCUCAAUAAAUAUUUUUGCACUUGAGUUGACUUGAGAAGAAUUUCCUUACAUUAAAGAAAGGAAAUCCUUGAUUUUCCAGAGAGAGGGAAUGUUGCAUCAGAACUAUAUGAGCCCUGGCGUGAGACCAAUCUCAGUCGGAAGCCCGGAUCUACCAGCUGUAGGAUUUGGGACAAGUUACUUUAACUGUCUGAGCCUCAACUCAGUUUCUUCAACUGUAAAGUGUAGGUAAUAAGAAACCACCUGUAAUAUGAGCAUGGAGAAUGAAGGUAAUAUUUGUAAAUGCUCAAUAAAUGGAAGCUGUUAAAACUG